AUGAAGCUUUUCCAAAAGGAAAAGUCAUCCACUGCAAACGGCGAACGUGACCAGGCGACCAAGGCAGGAGUCGACACGGCAUGGCGGGUGGCGUUUCUCGCUGCGCUGAUGGCGUUCUUCGAGGCCUCGAGCUUCCGCUCUUCGGGCUUCCUGUACGUCGCGGUCAUCGACGAAUAUCAAGCCGACAGAGGACUGGCAUCUUGGCCGGUUAGCGUCUUCGGUACCAUGAUUGACAUGGGAGGUAUUGUUUCCGGACCUUUGUGCCAGCUCUUUGGAGCACCAGCGACACUAAUUUCUGGUGCCAUUAUUACGGCGCUGGGAAUGUUGGGAGCAAGCUUCACUAAAAGCAUUCCUUUACUAACAUUAACACUUGGUAUCAUUCAUGGCGCUGGCGCCGGAACUGUUUCGACAAUGCUCCAGGUUUUCCUCAGCAUGUACUUCGACAAGUACAGGGGCACCGCGCAUGGGAUCAUGUUUGCAGGCGCCACAAUGUCAUCUUUUGUCUUCCCAAUGCUCUUGUACUUCUUGAGAGAAACCUUCGACUUUCAAUACUGCCUGCUAAUUUUCGGGGCCAUACUCCUGCAUCUUGUUCCCAUUAGCUUACUCUUCAAAAAACCACCGUGGGUACAAGAAGGCAAGAACCGCGAAAGCAAACUAAUACCAGAAUCGAGCUGCGCUACGACCAUAACCAUUGAGGGUAACCUAGAACGUGCCGGCGGCACUCGCAUCAGCACAGGCGAUGGCAAAGAGCAACCAGGAAUCGGACGUAAAGCGCUAGCCAUCCUCAAAAUACCCAUUUUCUAUGCAAUUCUCGUCACGUGGACAAUCAUGUGCUACAACGAGGACCUGUUUCUCACCACCAUAGUGGACUUUGCGAAAGAUCACGGAGCUUCCACGGCUACCGCUGUACCCUUAAUAUCCUACCUCUCCAUAACCGAUACGCUGGGUCGAAUCUUUUUACCCCUGAUAGCCGACAGAAAGCUGAUGCGUCGAAGCACACUCGUGGCGUUAAAUGCUCUUCUCACGGCCAUUUCUGUUGGGCUACUGCCCCAAGCAACCACGAAUGCAAGCCUCGUGGUUGUCACUCUGCUGGCUGCUUGUUUUAACGGAUGCGGAAUGACCAUGUACGGCGUACUGCUCGCUGACUACAUCGGCAUUGAUAACCUGCACAUCAGCUACACCCUAGCUGGACUGACCUGUGGUCCUCUGCUCUUCCUGAAGCCCUUGCUUGUUGGGUACUUUCGGGAUCAGCUUGGCUCGUAUGACAACAUGUACCGAAUGCUGGCGGCAUUUCAAGUGUUUCUGUUUUUCCUAUGGAUCGCCGUGUCUUAUUCAGAGCGCAGACGCGCUAAAGCCAAGGCUUCUAACAUCGAGGAAAUUCUUCAAUAUGCUCCAAGAAGAAAGAGCUCAAAAAUAACCACGAAUUUGGGAAACUCUUUGUGCACAAGGUGUUGGUUCUCCAUCUACCACAUUUGCAAAACUUUAGAAUUGUGCAACUGA